CACCUGCCAACGCGAAACCUACUACGGUUGUCCAGAAAGCUCACCGGACACUGUUCCAGGGCCAGACGCACUACGGGGUACAACAAGGACAACCGACGUCUGUUUGGCGAUCUAUACAACCCGUACUCCACUCACCAGCUCGUUCACUCUCUCUUUCGUCGAGAGCGAGAAGGCGUUCCUCGCCUUUCCUCCCUCCCUUCCCUUUCGUUGGGUGUGUCACUUACCCCUGGGGCAUUCGGCCGUCUUCCCCCUGCGGAGGGAAAAAGAAAAGGUGCCGCUUUCGCCGCCGCCGCCGCCGCGGCUUUUCUUUGUCAGGAUGGUGUACGAUUGGGAAGGAAAGCGGGAAAUCUGCUUUCAGAUGUAUAUCAAGGACAAGAAGGCGCUCGAGGAGAUCAUGGAAUAUAUGAAGAAUGUCUAUCAAUUUGCACCGAGUAAACGAGCGUUCCAAACCCAAUUCAAGCGAUGGGGUUUCCCGUCCAAACAGAAUCCAGCACACAAGAAUGUCGAACUCGUGGCGCGCGUCAAACAGCUCUGGGAGCGGAACACCAGCCAACGAGACAUGCUGCGCAUGCUCAACGAGGAAGGGUUCGAGAUCAAGGAGCGGGAGCUGAUGCGCGUGCGCGCCAAGAACCGCUGGCUGCUUCGCGUCCCCAACGGCAUGAAAUCGCAGUCGAGGAUGAUGCAGACGCCGGUGCCGCAAUUACCGGAGGAUGAAGGUCUCCUGGCGCUGCAGCAGGAGGUGUAUAAGUCUGGGUUGGCGUAUGAAGAGCCCGAGGAGCCUCUUGUCCCCGCUGUCCCCGCUGUCCCUGCUGCCACCACCACCGUCGCCACCGCCGACGACACGUCGACUUCACCGACCGCCUCUCCAGCCUUGUCGGCUGAGGCUCUGGCCAAGCGCAAAGAGCGAAUGGACAAGUUGAAGGCAGAGAGUGCGGAGCGGUGGGCGAAUCGGAAACGACGGCGGCGCACGCGCGGAUGGGCAGGCAUGCCAGCGGAUCCUCCAGGGCCGCCCCGAUUUCCCUCGGAGACGACGAUUGACGAGAGUAAGAAGUACCUGAACCUGGAUAAUGUGAUGUAUCGGCAGAUUCGGGACCAGUUUCAACAGAUCUGUGAGGAAGCAGGCUUCAUCAAGAAGACGGUGGCUGGGCCCGAGCGAUGGCAGGAGGCGAAGAACAAGUUGAUCCAGGAGUCGUAUCACCUCCAGCAGGUGUUUCACGAUCAGAAUCAGCUGGAUGUGAAGUCGUUGGCGCUGGAUGUUGUCUGUACUGAUGUGACGAAGCGGAUGCGCACGCUUGAGCGCCGGAUGACCAUUGCCGAGGCGAAAAAUGCUCUGGGCAUCAACCCGGAGGAGAGUCGUCAGAUUCGGAAUGCAUUUUACAGUACUCUCAAGGCGGAUCAUUUCACCAGUAAGCUGGAAGCGGGCGACGAACAUUGGAAGGAACUGAAGGAACAAUGGAUCCAGAACUCGGAGCUUCUACGGCGCAUCCUCGCCCCCGGCGCUGCGGAUCCCGAGCAUGCGACUAAGAUCAAGGCCCUCGAGGUCCUUUGUCGCGACGUCAUGAAACGACUUCGCGAUGACCAAACCAAGCGACAUCCCGCCCGGAAGUCGUCGGUCACGCACUCUCAUGUGCCCAGCCCGGAUCUGGAGAGCCCCCCAGUCAGCGUCAGUGCUACCUUCGGCAGUGGCAUCGCGAAUGGCAUCAGCACCCUGGCUUCGCAGGCCCUGGCCAGUGCAUCAGUGUCGAACACCGAUUUGGGCGACAUCCAGAUUGACCCUUCUCUGUUGCAAGCUGCGAACGACCCGUCCUUUGCCACCGCUGCUCAUGCGGACUCGGGCAAUGCCUUUGGCUAUGUGGAUCCGAUGCUGGGGUCGUCCCUCUUGCACGUGCCCGUCUAUCUCCGCAUCCACCCCCAGAGUCCAUUGCAUGGAGACGCUAAGACCUGGGUGGAUAAGUUAACCGCCAGAUCGGUGACGGAACUCCAGCAAUUGGUUGCAGCGAGAUAUCCUGACGCGGUCAUCACAAAAAUCGAGGGUACUGACCGCGACGAGAAAGGCAACGAGAUCUCGUUUGUCAUCGACGAGGAGCACGAGCUGGAUGCCUAUCUAACUCAUGUCCAUGGAAGGAAAGCGACGUUUGUCUUUUCCUUGGACCAAAUUUGACAUUUCGCACCAAACUGCUCGUAACCUUUCAUGCCACCAGGUUGGCUCUCUGCAGUGCUAUUACUGAUACCCAUAGUUUGCACAUCUUGUAAACGACCUGUUAGAAAUAAAUGCGCAAGUCAUGCU